GGAUAGGGAUGGGGGAUGAGAUGCAUUGACUUGAAAACAUGAACUCAGAUGAUAAAAUAGAUUAAACGAUAGCCGUUAAAAUACAUAUUUGCAGGCUUUCAAUAGUUUUAUUGAAAAAGAUUGAGAAUUAAUUUGAGAUAAAUUUGGACUAGCACGGCGGUGGCUAGUUUAAAGGGUGCUGGGAUAUCUGAUGUUGUUCCCCUUGGAGCCAUGCCGAAGAAGGGGAAGAGGUCUCAAAUUGCAAAGCUGCGUUGUCAAAGGAUCGCAAUCGCCAAACGGGAAGCACAGGGUAACACAGGGAUGGAGGGCAUAGAGGAAGGCUUUGAGGAGGAGCUGGGGGUCUCCCUGGAGGAGCUGCGGCAGUGGAUCGAGAAGGAGGUGGAGCAGAGCGAGGUGGUGAGGCAGAGGAAGGCCCAGCUGACGGAUCUGCAGAACUGGGUGGAACAGAGGGAGAAGGAGGUGGCUGCCGUGGAGCUGCUCUUCAGCAACGCCUCUGAGUCGGUUGUGGAGUGCGAGACGCUGGUGAAAGAGGUGUACAGUAAGAUGGGACUGGUCUACAAGGACAGCAGUUCGGAAGACGAGGGCGGGGGUCGGGGGGCGCAGUCCUCCGAAAUCAUUGAGAUCGACGACGAUGACGACGACGACGACGAUGUCAUCGCUGUAGGAUGUGUGGUCCCUCCAAAGAAGGUCACAACCCCUGUCAAGGAUCCAGCGUUCAAUGAAGCAUCAGCAGCCCUCCAGAGGUCCUCCCAGCAGGUGCAGAAAUUGGCUCAGGCAGUGAACAGGACAACCCCAAAUGUCACUCCCACCAAACCUCCCCCUCCGCCAGUUGUGCGCCGAGAGGUGAGCCACUCCCUCUCCAUGCCGGCGGUGUUCGUGUCCCAGGCCCCGCGCAACACCCCCACCCAGCCCAACCCUGCCCUCAAAGAGGACGCACUUCACCUGGACAUGAGCAUCCUGGGCAAGAAGAGGACCAAGACCUGGCACCGCGGCACACUCAUCGCCAUCACCCGUGCUGGGUAUGGCUUAAAGUACAAGGUGAAGUUUGAGAACAAGGGGAAGAGCCUGCUGUCGGGGAACCAUGUGGCCUUCGACUACCACCCUACCCUGGAGCGCCUCUACGUGGGCGCCCGCGUGGUUGCCAAGUACAAAGACGGCAACCAGGUGUGGCUGUACGCCGGCAUCGUGGCCGAGAUGCCCAACAGCAAGAACCGUAUGAGGUUCCUCAUCUUCUUCGACGACGGUUACGCCUCCUACGUCAGCCUGCCAGAGCUGUACCCUGUCUGCAGACCCUUGAAGAAGACAUGGGAGGACAUCGAGGACCCCUCCUGCAGGGACUUCAUUGAGGAGUACAUCACAGCCUACCCAAACCGGCCCAUGGUGCUGCUCAAAGCGGGGCAGCUGAUCAAGACCGAGUGGGAGGGCACCUGGUGGAAGAGCCGUGUGGAGGAGGUGGAUGGCAGCCUCGUCAAGAUCCUCUUCCUGGAUGACAAGCGCAGUGAGUGGAUUUACAGGGGCUCGACGCGUCUGGAGCCUAUGUUCAACCUGAAGGUGAACUCUGCCAACUCGGAGAAGAAGCAGGCUGGGCAGCAGAGGACACGUCCAAACAUGGGAGCAGUGAGGACAAAGGGUCCUGUAGUCCAGUACACUAAUGAGAACAGCAACGCUGGAGCCAACAAACCCCAGGUCACACACCCCGUGCCACGCCCCCUGCAGCUGCCAGCCCCAGCGCAGCCGUCCCGCACCGAGAGCCCUGACAGCUUGGCCCGAUCCAAACAGCAAGUGGCCAAAAAGAGCACUUCCCCCUUCGUUGCCCCCUUCGUGUCACCCCGUGCCGGAGGCCCCGGCGAACUCCAGCCAGCUGCUCCCAAACCCUCGCAGCCCCUCAGCUCCCCCAACGCUGUGGCCCCCGGAAUCACGUCCAGGGUCUUCAUACUGCAGCCAGGCAACAUGGCCACCCUUCCCAGCACUCCCCAGCAGCCCACGCAGCAGCAGUCUGCGGUGUCCGUGGUCCCGCCGGCACAACCGCCGACGCCCUACCCCUGCGACCGCAUCCCCCACGAGCCCUCCUACCAGGCCCCCAAUGAGCGGCUCUUCUACCUGCCGCACACCUGCUCCCCCGCCUGCCUGAACCGCAUCCGGCCCAUCCGCCUGGACCAGCACCGCGGCCGCAACCCGCUGCUCACGCCCCUGCUGUACGAGUUCCGCCGGAUGACCGGGCGGCGCCGCGUCAACCGCAAGAUGUCGUUCCACGUGAUCUACAAGUCCCCCUGCGGGCUCUGCCUGCGGAGCAUGGCGGAGAUCCAGCGCUACCUCUUCCAGACGCACUGUGACUUCAUCUUCCUGGAGAUGUUCUGCCUGGACCCCUACGUGCUGGUGGACCGCCGCUUCCAGCCCCAGAAGCCCUUCUACUUCAUCCGGGACAUCACGAAAGGCCGGGAGGACAUCCCGCUGUCCUGCGUCAACGAGAUCGACACGACCCCGCCGCCCAGCGUGGCCUACAGCAAGGAGCGCAUCCCGGCCGACGGCGUCUUCAUCAACACCAGCCCGGACUUCCUGGUGGGCUGCGACUGCACCGACGGCUGCAGAGACAAGUCAAAGUGCUCCUGUCACCAGCUGACCCUUCAAGCCACAGCCUGCACACCGGGAGGCCAGAUCAACGCCAACGCUGGGUACACGCACAAGAGGCUGGAGGAGUGUCUGCCCACAGGGGUGUACGAAUGUAACAAGCGAUGCCGCUGCAACCCCCAGAUGUGCACCAACAGGCUGGUCCAGCACGGGCUGCAGGUGCGCCUGCAGCUCUUCAAGACCCAGAACAAGGGCUGGGGCAUCCGCUGCCUGGACGACGUGGCCAAGGGCUCCUUCGUCUGCAUCUACGCCGGUAAAAUCCUGACCGACGACUUCGCGGACAAGGAGGGCCUGGAGAUGGGCGACGAGUAUUUCGCCAACCUGGACCACAUCGAAAGCGUGGAGAACUUCAAGGAGGGCUACGAGAGCGAGGCGCACUGCUCCGACAGCGAUGGCAGCGGGGUGGACAUGAGCAGGGUCAAGUCCACCCCGGCGUCCCUGCAAGGCAGGGGCGAGUCCAAAGCGGAGGAGGACACCAACAGCGGCAACGGGGGCAAAGGUCAGGAGGGCUCCUCCGGGGACGAAGAUGACGACGACGAGGAUGGCGACGACGACGACUCGAACAACGACGAUGACGACGACAGCUCGGACGACAACUUCGUGAAGGUGCCGUAUUACAGUUCCAGCUCUGUGUGGAGGAGCUACACCACACGCAGGCAGGCCAAGGGACUGAAGGAAGGGAGCCAGGACAGUAAGGAUGGAAUGAGUGUGUCUGCGGGGGGUACAGACGAAACGAAGCCACCCACCAUGCCGGAGGAGAGCGGGAAGAGCAAGGUGGCUUCCUGGCUGACCAGCCAGUCGUCCACCCCCUCACAGCCCAUGGUCAAACUGGAGGGCCCGAAAGACGAGAAGAAGGAACCCGUGGACCAGAAGGGCCCGUCGGGGACCAUCAGCAAUCCCGCGGUGAAGGCAGAGGGAGGGAAGCAGCCGCCCGGAGGAAACCAGGACGUGAUGACCCUCUCUGACAGCGAUGAUGUCCAGACCAUCAGCUCUGGAUCAGAGGACAACAAGGAGCGGGAGAGGCAGUCUCAGGGUCCAGUGAAGAGGCAGGUGGCGGUCAAGUCCACCCGCGGCAUUGCCCUCAAGUCCACACACGGCCUGGUGGUGAAAACGGGCGGGGUGGGGGGAGGCGGCACGGGCGGGGCGGGAGGCCCCACGGGGCCUGGAGGUGCAGGGGGAGACGGCAGCCCCGCCUGGAAGAACACCAGGCAGUUUUACGACGGGGAGGAGUCCUGUUACAUCAUCGACGCCAAGCUGGAGGGCAACCUGGGCCGAUAUCUCAACCACAGCUGCAGUCCCAACCUGUUUGUGCAGAACGUCUUUGUGGACACGCACGACCUGCGCUUCCCCUGGGUGGCCUUCUUCGCCAGCAAGCGGAUCAGGGCGGGCACGGAGCUGACCUGGGACUACAACUACGAGGUGGGCAGCGUCGAGGGCAAGGAGCUGCUGUGCUGCUGCGGGUCCACAGAGUGCCGGGGACGGCUGCUGUAGAGGCCUACAUCGCCGCCACCACAAUCACCACGCCCCUCUUUCCCUCUCCCUCUCCCUCUCCUCACCGUCUCCCACAUGCACCCUGCUACACGCGCACCGAAGCGUACGCCUGUGGGCACACCGCCCCCAGCCUCUUUCUCACCUGUUCCUGUGUCUCCACCUCUCUGGAUAGUGUGCUGUGGUGAUGGCUGCUGAGUAGGUCAUUCCCCUCGUCCCUGCUGUGGAUCCCUCUCCCUCUCUUUCUCUGCUCUGCCCUCCAUCUCUCCCUCGUCCUCUUGGCCCGUUUACUUGUCCGUCAGUCGUUUUCAGUCAUUUGUAUGUGGUGGCUGUUACUGUUUUGUUUUUAUAUAACAUCAUUACAUCAUUACAUUAUU